CACUAAAGAAGAUGCAGGGGAAUUAAAGGCCGCCAGGGAAGACACCGCAUUUCAAGGAGUACGGCCAGCCAGAAAUAAUGGUGGGAAACAUUUGGAUAAAACAGAUGUUGAAGAAAGUGAAUUUAGACGUUACGGACAGGACGUCUUGUGUUUGGAGUCACCCGGCUAAAAUAUCUGCUUUUUCAUCUCCAGUCACAGCACAUCGGUAGCCGAGUGCCCGGCGGCUUGCUAGCCCGCAGUCCUUCCCAAAAUCUCCGCGCCAGUAUCACAGAUCUCAUCUGUUGUUCUUUUUGAAAGCGUUACGAAAGCUAGCACGCGUCAACGGAACUGAUUCGAAGCCCGUUUUCUGUCAUUAAAGUAAAGGUAUGACCCGCUAGUCCUCUGUUGCAAAUCUGACCGCUAGGAUCAAGCUAGCAUCAUCUGGAGUUGGAUGGACGCGCGGCUCACACUCAAACACCCACAGCAUCCGUGCCUGGGACGCGUUCAUGCCCGUGCUGCUGCGCUGGAAUGCUAACUAAUGAGGAAUUGGCUUUAACAUGACGAGGAACAUUUUGCCCCUUAACCGCUCAAGGCUGUCAGGUGCUACACGGACAUUCUUUAGAUGCCAUAUGUAAUGACCGUCCCGAGCUCGCACCAUGUAUGUGGCUGGCCGAGUCUGUCUCCAGCCUUGCGGGUGACACUCUCACAGGUACCGGCGGUUCAAAGCCAACAGCGGCGGCGCUGAAACACCGUCGCUGAGAGACUUUAAGUGAGCUUGCCAGUGCAAGCUAAGACGCUAUUAGCACAAUAUAGAACCACUAAACAGCACCAAUGGUAUCCCACAAGAUUUUAGUUGCAGUAAUCCUAUUAAAUGUGUAUAUAGGUGUACAGUCUGUUUUUUACUUUUUCGGCGGCGUCCUUUUAACGGGCUUGUUUGCUAUGGCAAUUUUAAAUGGACCCAGGCUUCUGGACUGGGCGAGUUCACCUCCACAUCUACAGUUUAACAAAUACGUCCUAACGGGAUACCGGCCAAGCUCCUCUGUGCAAGACUGCAUAAGAAGCCUGUUUUACCUGCACAAUGAACUUGGAAACAUAUACACUCACGGCAUCCCUUUGGUUUGCUUCCUGGUGCUGCUCCCUCUCCACAUCCCCUGGUCUCAGAUCAGCGUCACAUGGUUGGGCGUGGUGCACUUCCUGGCUUGCCUCUCGCCCCAGCUGGGCUCUGUGCUCUACCACCUCUUCAUGAACCACGAGGGAGGGGAGCCCGUCUACCACACCCUCCUCAAACUCGACGUGUGUGGAAUCUGCAUGAUCAACACAUUGGGGGCACUGCCCAUUGUCUACAGCACGCUGCUGUGCUACCCGUUCAUCCGCACCGUGGCCCUGUUAGUCUACAUCCUGCUGUCCAGCCACGCCAUCUACUGUGCCGUCACGGCUCGGAGCAGCGUUCGCCGAUUGCGCUCCUUCGCCUGGCAGGCGGUAUUCCGCUUUUCCUUCUUCUUGCUUCGCGGGGUGGGCUUGGGUGGCGGCAGCCCCACCUCGCUACGCCACUUCCUCAUGAUGGAUGCGCUGGCCGUGCUGGGCGGGGUCAUCAACAUCAUGCGCAUCCCGGAGCGCUUCCGCCCGGGCCUCUUUGACUACUGGUGCAAUAGCCACCAGAUCAUGCAUGUACUGGUGGUAGGCUCCAUCCUUUACCUACACUGGGGUGUGCUGGACGACCUGCUGUGGAUCAACAGCUACAACUGUCCCUCAGAUUGACCCCCCCCUGUAGCCCCCACCCCUUACAAGCACGAGCAUUGGGUUGUAAGGAUAUAAGACCUCUGAGGGGAUGGGGGUGUCUGCAGAGGGAAAGAAAAGGAGGGUAUUCAGGGGGAACUGAUGCAGUGAGGUGAGACAAUAUGUUCUCUGUGCAUGUGUUCACCUCAUGCGCUUAAACUCAGAAUGUUCAUAUCUACGUCCAUCUUGUUACUUUGUGCGAAUGUAGGCAAAAGUAUGUCAAGUAACACGCACAAGUGUUUUGACUCUGUCACUCUCCAUAAACAUGGAAACACAGGUGUAUGCGGACGGACACACACACACACACACACACACACACACACACACACACACACACACACACACACACACACACACACACACACAUACACACAUACACACAGCAAAUUUACAUACUUUAAACACUAAAUUUAAUGACUAAGUAUUGGACAUUAAGUAAAGGAUCUAGUAAAAUGUUACCGCUGAGUAUAAAGCCUUUACUUGAUAAUAGAAGUUUUACUUGAGCAUUAUCUGAUGUGGUUGGUUAAGACAGUCUGUGGCUAGAAGAUAUUGCAUGCUCAAGUCCUCUCAGAUGUCACUGUUGCUACCUAUGCAACACAUGCACAUUACACACACUACACACAGUCAGACACCCUCACACCUAUAUUUUUAUACUACAUGUACAUACUGUAAGUGCUGCACAAAGCGCUCAUAGAGUUUUCACUAGGUCCAACAGAGUUUUACAGGACUGGAUGUUUUGUUCGUGUUUCCUUGUUUUCUGCUACUGCCUCUUUCUUUAUGUGUCAGUCUGAUUUGUCCUUAAUGUCACAAGAUGCUGAGGAAAUGAAGAUGGGCGAGGGGGUUCAUUCCUGCGUGUGCCAGCUUGUCGGCGUUGAGUUUACUUGCUUUAGAUGGCUUGCACCUCACAUUACAAUGUAUUGUGCAGUGUUACCUGUUUCCAUUGCACCUGAGUUCCAUGCCAAUGAUAUUUAGGCAUUUUUAAGAAAUUAGAAAAAAUGAGAAAACGUGCAAUAAUUUACAAACUGUGUUGUUCAUUGGCAUUAUUGUUUGCCAAACUUUUGCUUAUGGGAAUGAGCAAUGUCAUGGUUAUUUAUUAUUACGAUUUAUGAUAGCUUCCCAUUGUAAGGAAGGAUUCUGGAAGGUGUUUUAUAACUUUUUGGUUAAUGCACUUGCAUUUGUUUUGUAGGAAAGCCCUCUAAUGUGUAUUUUAAAGUGACUAAACAGACAUGAUCAGGCACCUUAAAGCCACCAUAUGUACAUUAGCUUGUGAUGUCAAUGUAGCAACAAGAUGCACUGAAAGUUUGGGGUCGCCACUUAACAAUUGCCAACUUUUGAGGAAAUGUGAUUGUAAUUGUAAGUUUCUAAACAAUUGAUUAUCUUUACACUGUAACCCUUUUUAGAAAAGCAACAGCUAAAACCAACCUGCGUAUUGGCACAACAUGCACAAAAUACUGUAAUGAAAUUACAUAUUUAUUAACCUAUGCUUUGUAUUUAUUUGCUGAUACAGGUAACCUUGUGUCUCUGUCAGCUGCUUAAACGGUUUACGUUGUUGCUGUGCAGGAUCGCUGGCUAACAGAUCAAGUUAGAGGUCAGAGAAAAUCUUUAGUUGUAUACAAACUGUGCAAAUCCCGAGGAUUAGCUCCUCAUCUUCUCCCCACACAAUUAUUUCCCAGUGAUGUUUGACUUCUCAGUCACUCUGUAAUAUUCUAGAAAAAGAUUGGUCUCUAUUCAUUGCAAUUCACAAUAACAUUUGCAAUAAUCAACAAGAUAAAAAUCAGUUAUGUGACCUUGAAAAACUUGUGUAGCCCUCUUCUGAAGAUGUUAUUUAUGUUAUGUCUUUGACUUGAAUGAAAAUGGGUUUUAUUGUAUUUGGAUGUUUACUUGAAAUUGAUGGUUUAUAAGGGUCGGUCUUUAUUGCCACACAGUGGUGCACGUUGCCAUUAUUUAUGCUUUGUUAUUUAAAUGCAGCGCUUUUGCCCUGCAGCUGGAUUUGUGUUCUUUAAGUAGCACCUUUUUAACUCAAAUAGAGGUUACACACUGUGUCUUUUUAAGUUAGUUAUUAGUAAUUUAUUAAGCUGGCCUAACCAAUUAGGAAUGAACCCCCGUGCCCUCCGGUCAUGUAUAAGUUACAUCAGUUCUAUGUGAAUGUCCAUGAUAGAUGGACGAUGAUUGUUUGGCCACUAUAUUCUUCUGUGGUAUUUCAGUUACUACUCUAAAGUAGAAGUAACUGUCGCACUGUACUUCAUGCUUAGGACUAGUGGUUGAUUUCUUUUCCAAAGGCAGACUUUACUUAAUGACAUUGCACUUGCUUCCCAUGCCAACAGUCACAGCCGCCUACUGACAAGUCACCAGUCCCUUCAGACCCACUUCAUCUUACCAAAUAACCAGUGUCUGAGGUGUAACACAUCCUCUGCUUCCUGUGCUAACACUGACUCAUAGGUGAAGAAGGAUUUCCCACAGUCUUAAACACAUACACUAGCCUCAGACUGCGUCCCCGCACCCUUUUCCUAGAUAAAGAGUCAGAUACUUAUGUCUGCUAGUUUCACUCCGACACAGUGAUUAUUACAUACUAUGCCCGUCGUAUAAUGUUAAAGCUGAAACUAAUGUAUUAUUGGCCAUUGAAUGAAACCGAAAAAAAUGCAUGAAAGUAGCUGUAAAACAGAACCUAAUGUCUCAUAGUGUUAGCUAAUUGUUUGUUCAUUGUAGUUACUCAAAGGCCAUGUCACACACUCCUGGAAAUGACUGUGUGGGUUGGGGGGUGUGGUGGGGGGGGGGGUCACCACUACAAGAAGAUGACUGAACAGAUCAGAACAGAGGCAAUGCAUCACUAUCAAAUAAACUGCACUCUUCAUUGUUCUCAAAAGGGCUUUGGAUUUAAGUAAAUUAUAAUUAUGAAACAUAUUUCAAGUCCAUAUAAAUAAUGUAAAUACAUGUAUGUGGAUUAUAUAUACAUACAGUGCAAACGAUAUACCCUGAUUGAUUUUCGAUACGUACAAAAUAUAGGAUAAGAAGAACUGAGAUUAAUGGUUUGCCAUAUAUAAGAUGCUGCUCUCUCUCACAGCCGAAGCGAGUUAUGAGAGGGGGAAGCAGAUGCGGCUCGAUGUGGUGCUUCAGAUUAAUAUCAAGAAUGUGUGUUUGCUUAGCUAUGUCCAUAUGUAUGUGAACAACACAGAAAAAAAUGACUGAAAUUGGUUUCAGUGCAAAUGCAGAAUUUUUGAUCUUGUGUGACCCUAAUUAAGAAUGCUUUUGAUCAUUUAAAUGUAACCACUAUUUUUAAGACACGUGGGAAAGAAAGAUUUGUGACCAUCGUUGGGAAAUCUUGGCGGGCAUGUGAAUACCUCGUGACAACCACUGGUCUAUCUAUGCAUUAUCAGCCGAAGGAUACGUAACAGUGAAGUCGGUGUGUGUUUGUUGAAAUAGCCCUCUGAUCAACUGUAACAGAGGGCUUCGCUCCAACAUCCUGGGCCUCCCACUUCUCAGGGUGCCAUAACAGUAGCUGUAACAUCCAAGGCCUGACCUCUGUUCUCUGAAACAUGUCCGCGAGACUGUCAUCUACCUCCACCUACCCUAUCUGUUCAUGCUAUGAACUGGGUAACAGAUUGGACAGAAGGAAGGUGGAAAGGUAGUAACUAACCAUGUUACAGGAGUGGAACCUGGCCUUUUGUCUGUAUGUUAAAUGAAAAAAAGGACAUGACAUAUUAACACAUCACUAACAAAGUUCAUUUUGUAAUAUAACACAGGUGCCGGAUUGCCUGUUGAUGACCUGUUUAUAAUGGGCUACCUGGAUUGUUAUAUACUGAUUAUUAUGAUUACUGUUAUUGUGUGGAUCCUAAUAAUGACACUGGUCUUUGUGUACAGAUAAUGAGGCAAACCCCUUCCUUUAGGAUGAAGGGAGCUUACUGGAGGGUCUGUCUGUGAUCCGGCACUUCAUAUACGCAAUGUCGCGGCAUUUUUUUGACUGACAAUGAAUGAGUGUGGCUCCAUCUAGUGGAAGUUCAUGUGCACUGGUGCAGGCCAUACUGCAGGCAUUUGAAAAUAAUUGACAGCUUGUAAUACUGUCCUUACUGGUUUGGGAUUAUUCUCCAGGGUUAUUUAUUUGUAUUUCCAGACAAUGUAUGUUCACAUGUGUUUAUAGGCUUUCCUGCUAAACCCAUACAGGCGUGAAAUCAGUAUGUUGUCAAAUUUACUUUCUCCCCUAGUACUGAUGGGGUGCGGCUGACUGCCUCCCCAUGAGCAUUAUCCAGUCUGUGUCCUUGCAAAUAAUGUGCAGGAAAACAGACGUUCUGUCAUUCACACAUCUGUCCAACAUUAGUGAUUAGUGUCCCGUGUAACAGACAGGCUCUCACACUCCUCAGUCUCCAGCAACAAUUGUGCAAUAAACUGAAGUCUAUAUUUUU